GCCUUGCCGUGUCUGAACUGCUUGCUCCUGUGGAACUCACAAUGACAGGAUCCGGCUCCAAUGCUUCCCGCAGCCCACACCCCAAAGGAGAGAAGGGCGGCCGCUCGAGGAGCACGCAUGCUCGUUCCGUCAGUAAUGCCAACAACGGGGGCUCGGAAGAGGAAGACAAAGAUGGAGGGGUGCUUUUCCUUGUCAACAAGAGUGGCUUUCCUCUUGAUGGGCAAACCUGGGAAAGGAUGUGGGGGCACGUGGCGAAAGUGCACCCUGCAGGCAGAGAGAUGGUAGCCACCAUAAGGAAUGCCGACUGCCUUCCAAAACCUUCAGUGCCAGCUGUGCCAAACUACAAGACUUCCAUGACUAUCCCAGAAUGGCUUCAGGCAAUACAGAAUUACAUGAAGAUGCUGCAAUAUAAUCACACAGGAACUCAGUUCUUCGAAAUUAGAAAAUCAAGACCUUUAAGUGGGUUGAUGGAAACAGCAAGAGAAAUGAUCAGGGAAUCUUUACCUAUCAAAUGCCUUGAAGCAGUUAUCUUGGGGAUAUACUUAACCAAUGGGCAGCCUUCCAUGGAACGAUUCCCCAUCAGCUUUAAAUCCCAUUUCUCAGGGAACAAUUUUCAUCAUGUGGUGCUUGGAAUUUAUUGCAACGGCCGAUAUGGAUCACUGGGCAUGAGCCGAAGGUCUGAACUGAUGGACAAGCCUUUGAUCUACCGAACUCUGAGUGACCUCAUCUUUGAAUUUGAAGACUCCUAUAAAAAGCACUUGCACUCAGUUAAAAAAGUGAAAAUUGGAUUGUAUGUCCCUCAUGAGCCGCACAGCUUUCAGCCCAUCGAGUGGAAGCAGUUGGUGCUCAAUGUAUCAAAGAUGAUGCGGUCAGAGAUCAGGAAGGAGUUGGAGAAAUAUGCCAGGGAUAUGCGAAUGAAGAUUUUGAAACCCGCAAGUGCCCAUUCUCCAGUCAAGCAGAGAUCACGAGGGAAGUCCCUGUCACCUCGAAGGAGACAAGCCAGCCCUCAGAGACGAGCGUGCAGAAGAGACAAAUCGCCAGCUGUAAUGGACAAGAAGGUGGGUGACUUCUCUACACUGAAUGAAGUAGGCUAUCAGCUACGCAUCUGACAGAAACAGAGGCCAAACAAGAUGGCUUCCAGGGUGCUUCUUACCGCACUUUACCCUGUGAUCUGUGGACAUGAAUGGGAAAGGGACGGGAUUGCAACUAUUUAUGAUGGACAUAACGAUUUUAUUUAAGUUUUUGCCUAGAAACUAGAAAUCCUAGAAGUUGAUGGUGGUAUUAUUAUUUUUUUAAUCCAUGAAGUGGAAUCAAGACAAAGGGAAAUUAAAAAUUCUCUUCACCUCUGAUAAUGUUAUUAAUCUCUAUCUAGUUAAAAGGGGUGGUAAUGUGGCGUGGUUUUGUUUUGUUUGGGGUGAAAUCAUUGUUUCUAUAAUGGCUAUUUUUCAUUGGCUUAGAGCAUUGUGCGACGUCUGUAGGAUUUAGGAAUGGCGACAAUGAAAGUAUUUGCCUCGGUAUUGUUCAAAAGGUGCUGAGGGGCAGCAAGUUGCAAGUCAAUGGCACAGUAUGAAGGGAACUUCCCUUGUGAAAAUCCCAUUAGAAAUUAAUGGGAUUUGCAAAAGUCCUGUUCAUUUCAAGGGCAUGCAACAUGAGAUAUGUAGCUAGCAGACUGUAUCUCGAGUCCCAUAUUAAUGUGACAUUCAGCAAUAAAAAAGCAGUCGAGGUUGUGUUUUUUUUCUUCAAAGCAUCAGUAUUACCUCAAGAAUCUUUACAAUAGAUAUGCAAAACUGACAGUAUUUUAAUUUUGUAACAGAUUUGUACUGUGUUCCCAGCUUUUCUGAUAGCAGAGGCUUUACUGCACCCUCUCUGACCCACCCAUUCCGCCUUAUUCUUAUGUGCAUGUGUAUGAAGAAACUGAAGGUGUAUUAUAUGCAAGUGUUUUCUUAAAAGCACUGACAUCUUCAUGUUAGGGAUACAGCAAACUGUCCACCUAAAAAAAAUGUAAUUAAUUGAC